UGGUUACUGAGCGUGUUAAUGGCGCGAAUCGUUAUUUCGAUCGUGACAAUUGUUAAUAUUGUAAUUUAAGUAGUUUUUACUGUCUUACCUUUUGUGUUAUAACAAAAUAAUUAACAUACAUUUAGUUUUUGUAUAUUGUUCGCAAGUUGUAUCUUCAGUGAUUGUGUUACGGGACUUUAAAAGUUUGUUUUUCUUUUGUUAAGUUUAGUUCAUUUUGCUACUUGGAAUUAUAUUGGAUAUGUGGGUGGUAGCAGCUAGAUAAAAGGACGGAGCGCUGGAUUCAACAAAAUGGAUUCCGAGAGCCGCAGUGAGUCCGCGUUGAACAGUCCAACGGAACCGGAUGUUUCGUUAGCGGCUUCCAUCACGGAUCCGCUGGAAGCCCACACCCUUGAUGAAGCUAGGAGAACCAUAAGAGAUCUUCGUAUGAAAUACCGUGCGCAGGCGCAUCAGCUAUUAACAUGGCGUCGAGCGCAUCGUACUCAAGAGGAACUAGUCAAUCGUCUGCAAAUAGAGAAAGCCGAGCAGUUAAAAAUGCUAUCCAGCCAACUUCUUCUUUUCGAAUCACGUCUGGUUCGUAAGCAGAAAGAGAUAACCAAUAUGCUAGCUCUUCGUGAAACCAUUAUCAUGAAACAGCAAAAAGUCAUCGAAUCCCUUCAAGCUAAACUUCUUGAUAAUGGUAUUGAUACCAUACAACCCAUUCCGGAUUUUAGGGACAUGCUUCUUGAUUCGAACACAGGAGACUUUGAUUCCCUAAACGAUUCCGAUUCCGCUGUAAUAAUGGAAGACGUAGAUUCCGAUUGUUGUAAUAUUUCGAAUCUACCCAGGUUCCGUUCCAUGAAUCCAGACAGCGUUACCGUAGUUCGAUCGAUCUCAGAUGCCAUAGAUCCAAACCUCAAAUACAACGCCAGGCGUUCCAACGGCUUUUUGCGACGGCCGGAAAUUCUGGAGACCGUCUACAGUGUUGAGGAGGAAGCGGACAACGAAUCCACAAAGGCCCUAAGUGCUCAGAACAGCACAGAAAAGGAUAUAAAAGACGCGAACAAAACUGAUGAACAGAAAACGAAGGAAGGCAGUCUUCUUGCACAACGACGUGAUAACUUCCGCAUGAGAAGUAUAGUUCUUACUGCGGAAGUUAAAAGUAUAGAUAGUGAUAAGGAGAAACCUAAGCCUUCGGAUUCCUGGGCCUACAGUUAUGUGCCAAAGAGGAUGAUGCCAGCAAAUGAAUCGGAUGAGGAAGUCUCCAACGCUGAAACUGAUGAAGAGGAUCCAGAGCCUAAAUCAACGCAAGUAGUUACGUACAACAGAGUAAUGUCGAAUCAUAGGAAUGUAACGAAGCCGAAAGAUGUGAAAUACAAGAGGAUAAAUAAGGCAAAAUCUAAGAGCUUAGAAGAGUUGAGGGGGAGGUUAAAGAAUUGGGUGGACAAGGGGAGUAAAUUAUCGAAUAUUCCACUAGAGCAUGCUCAAAGUUAUGCUUGAAUAAAGUUCCUUAUUAGGGUUCGGAUAAAGGCUAUUGUGCACGGAUUGCAGACUAGCGAAUAUUUCUUUCAGAAUCCCGUUGUGAACGCCCAUUCGCUGAUUGAUUAAUUUAAAAGGAAGUCUGCUUGUCCUAGACGCAUUUAAAUUGAGUUAGAAUAAAUCUCCUAAUUUGAUUGCUUAUAGAUUCUUGUCAUAGUUAUUUGGAUAUGAGCUUGUCCAACCUAUAAAUACAUAUUUACAAAUGAUAUUCUUGAUACUCUGUUAGUUUUUAUGUAAUAACAACUUUAAAGUAACUAAAGAUUGAACUUUGACAUUUCUCGCACGACUGAUCUAUUUAGAUUCACAUUUUAAGCAUGUAUUUUGUGAACCUUUUUUUGAUACGAAAAGCUUCAAAUAUGUAUAAUCUAAGAUUCAUAUCCAUACUCUAACAUUUAUGUCGGUAGAACUUGAUAAUUGUUGUACCCGCAAAUGUAUAAAUCUGAUUAAUUACAAAUAAUCUUCCGAAUUUAUCCGAGCUGUCACAACUUUGCUGAAUUUGUCAAAGUUACUUUUUUGUAAUGGAAGCCACUUAACUAAGGCGUAAAACAUGAAUCAGACUUUCAAGAAAAAAACUUUUCAAGACUGCCAUACUGGCGAUAGUUAAUUAUAUUUUUAUAAACUUAAAAUUACGAGAAAAUAAAAACAUCACAACUUAUAUUUAUAAAUUUAAUAGAUUUCGAUGUUAUAGUAUCAUAAAUUAUUAACUAUUUAAUUAUAUAAUGAUGGAAUUGAACUGUUUCUUGUGAUUAGAAUUUUAUUAGAAAUAUUGUUCAUUUGUGCCAAUUAUACAAAUAUUGCAUCUUACAAAAAAAAAUAUUUUCGUCUGAAAAACUAUAAUUUCCGUAUGUCAAAUUCAAUAUAUUUAUAAGAGUCAUACUUAGUGAAACGUCUCCACUCUGAAGCCUUCUUAGAUAUUUACUUAAUCCAGGACAUUUAAUUAAACAUUAGUAUUUUGGCUCACCAAACAAAAUAGUAAUAAAUGAUAAGAUGUGCCAAGGCAAAAUAUUUUGUUCAAAAAAAUUUUUCUUGUAAAUAUGUGUGUGUUAAAUAACUGUGUAUAGCAAAAAGUUGAAAAUUUCUUAUUAUCAUUGCUUUAUUUAUAAGAAAUUGUGAAAUUAUCAAAAUCAAAUGUCUAGUAAGAAUAUUGUUAGAUUCAAUUUAACACCAAAAUCUGCUCUGUAUUUAUGCGAUAAUUAAUAUGUUGACGAAUUUUGAUAAAACAAAAUUCGUGAACAUGGACCUCGAAUAUUAAGUGUAAGAGAGACGGCGAAUGUGCAAAAAAUCGCUCUUUCUAGACAAAUUUAAUGGUGCUAAUUUGAUUAAAAUUCAUUAAAAAUUCAAUACAACAUAAACUUCGUUUUAAUUUGUUUAUAUUGAUUGUUAAUUAAUACUUUAUUAAGUCAGGAUUAGCACCAAUAUUUGUAGAAAUUUGUAAAUUUCGAUCUCAGUACUGUUAGAACAGUUUAUAUAUAAAAUACUUCAUUAAUUGUACACUGUUAAUUGCUUACCAAAAGGUUACAAUUUAAGUCAAUUUGUAAAUAUCACGCAGCUUAAAAAUGUUCAAAUGUAGAUUGCUGAAUAAAUAUAUUUAAAA